CUUUUAAUCCCGCCCACAGCUCCGCCGCCGUCCUCUCCUUCCCGAAACGCUGAUGUGUUAUUAACUGCAGCCUACGAUCCUCAGUAAAAAUGUUCACCUUCGGGUCCAAGCUGUUGCUGCUGUUCCUCCUGGCCUUCCCCUGCGGACUGAUGUCCAUCGGCCACGUCUCUGCAGACUCAGACUCUGCUGAGGACCUCGCUGAAGAUGCUGAUGCUGCGGUGGAUGAGGAAGAUGACGAUGACGAUGAGGAAGAGGUGCUGGUUGAGGAAGAUCAGAUGCAAGCAUCGGAGGGAGAUGAAGAUGACGCCGAUGAAGCUGCAGACAAGCUGAUCACUUCUCACCCCGAUGCUGACACAACCAUCAUCUUCAUGACAGGAGAAGAGUUUCCUGCCAAUGAAAUUGUGAGGUUCCUGGUGGGUUUCACCAACAAGGGAAGUCAAGAUUUCACCGUCCAGUCACUGGAGGCCUCCUUCCGCUAUCCACAAGAUUUCCAGUUCUACAUCCAAAAUUUCACAGCUUUGCCCCUGAACACCGUAGUCAAGCCCCAGGCUCAGGCCUCCUUCGAGUACUCCUUCAUCCCAGCUCAGCCCAUGGCCGGCCGCCCGUUUGGUCUGGUCAUCCUCCUGAGCUAUCUGGACACUGAGGGCAAUAUUUUCCAGACAGCCAUUUACAACCAGACUGUCACCAUCACCGAGAAAGAAGAAGGACUGGACGGAGAAACUAUGUUCAUGUACGUGUUCCUGGGAGGGCUGGUGGCCCUGAUGCUCUUUGGGAUGUACCAGGCCCUGGAGUCAAGGACGAAAAAGAGAAUCCCAGUGAAAGUGGAGACGGGCACUGGUGGGAUCCACGAUGUGGACAUCAGCUGGAUUCCUCAGGAGACUCUCAACGCCAUGAAUAAGGCUUCUCCUAAAACAUCUCCACGGAAACGAACCAAGAGGGCAGCAGGCGUGGAUCAAUAGAGCAGCGGUCGCCUUCCUCUACUUCCAUCUUAUUCCCUUAUCACAGUCGGCCUUUUCCACUCACGCUGGACUGACAUGCCAGAACCCUUUCCCAGUGCAGCAGUGUGUGGCGACUACACAGCACUAUGGACUCUGCUGCCGUUGGACGCACAAUCUGUUGUUUAUUUCCAAAGGGAUUCCUAUAAUCAGUAUGUGUGAAUGUGGACAAACGUUAAACCAUUGAGUUGUGAUUCAUCCCCCUAAAAGUGAAUACUUCAGUAUGAAUGCUGUAAAGUCCCACCACAGUUCAAAGAUGUCUUCUUCAACCGUUACUCUAUUAUGAACAUUAUAUCAUCAACACAUUUUUCAUUUUGAUUGUUGUUUAACAGUCGAUGGCAGCUGCAGGUACGACAACAGUGUUUUCUGGAGGUUUCUGUCACCCGAUUGUUGUGGGACUCUCAGUGAAGCUUUCUAAAGCCAGACCAAGUGGAAUACAUUUCUGACUAACACACGUUUUGGAGAAAAAAUAAAAACAAUUUGUUGAACAAAA